UUGAUGAUUUGUACUGCAUGAAAAUAACCUCAAAACUUGUGUAAUAUUCUAUAGACAACAACAAUAAAAUAAAAAUAAAUAAAAUUUAAUUGACUAGUUGCUUGAAUAGAAGUUUAUUUUAAUGGUUAUUUAAUUGAAUAUUUUGACAUUAAUAAUAUUUUGACUUUCUUUAAUGAAAUGAAUCCAAAAAGUCCUGAAGCUAGAAAUCGAGAUGAUAAACCUUUUGAAGGAAUGAAAAUUACAAAUUCACAUGUUCUGGAGAAAUUAGAUCAGCGUAGUGCAUGCACGCGAUGUGGCAAGUCUCGGAUGUAUUUUUGCUACACAUGCUACAUCCCUGUGGCUGAUUUAAAAGAUUGCAUUCCGCAUUGUAAGUUACCAGUGAAAGUGGAUAUCAUUAAACAUAAAAAGGAAAUUGAUGGAAAAAGUACAUCAGCUCACGCUGCGGUUUUAGCUCCAGAAGAUGUGAAAGUGUACACCUAUCCUGAUGUACCUGACUAUACCCUUGAUGGUAAAACAGUGUUACUGUAUCCUGGUGUAGAAGCCAAAACUGUUCCACAACUAUUUCAAGAGAACAAUAACACUACUACCAUUUUACAAAAAGUUCAAGCUGAGCUUCCUGCUGGUUAUAACUUAACCACUUUACUAAGAAGUAUAGUUGACUUGGAUGAUGAGAAUAAAAACCAAAUAUACCAUGUAACAGAACUCCCUAUAAAUAGAAUAGUUCUUAUUGACAGCACAUGGAAUCAAAGUAAGGGUAUAUAUGCUGAUAGGCGAUUGCAGAGUUUACCCAAAGUUGUGCUACAAAACAGAGCAUCUCAGUUUUGGAGACAUCAGAAAGGCAGUCCGCGGUGGUAUCUGUCCACUGUUGAAGCUCUUCAUCAGCUCAUGUUGGAGCUGCAUCUGUGUGCUUGGGGGUGUUCAGAACAUUACAAGUCACCGCUGACAAUAGAAUAUCCUAUUCACAGUUCUAAAGAUCAGCAUGAUCACUGCACCCCAUAUGCUGGGCAAUAUGAUAAUUUGCUAUUCUUUUUCAAAUACAUGUAUGAUAAACUGCACUCACUUUACAACCAUGAAAACUUGUUAGCUUACAAAAGACCUAUGGAAUAAAUUAAAGACAUUAUAGAA